AUGGGUAGUUUAUGUAAUAAAAAUAAAAUGGAAAUUUCAACAAUAAGAUAAACAGUUAAUAUAUAAUAACCUUAAGAAUAUAGGGAUACCAUUCUAGGAAGUUAAUUGAUGAUGAAUAGACCAACUUUACCUUAUUCUUCAUAUGAAUAUUUAGAUCAAAUCUAAAAUCAUAUAAACUCAUGCUAUACUGCUAAAAAGGAUAUUUUAAAUUCACUUCCUGAUGGAGUGUAAAUAAUUUAAAACAAUCAAAACGAUUCAGGUGAAUUAAAUCUAAUAGAUUUUAAUUAUUUAGACUUAAAGUACACUCUUGUUUAUCAGUAGCCAUUGAUUUAUCAUUCGUUAUCUAAAGCAUUAUUAGAAUACAAAAAAAAUGGUAAAAAAAUUUCUUCUUUGUAAUCUUUCCCUGAGGAAUAAGAUAAUGAUUUUGGAUAUUUUAUAGUCUAAUAAGAUGAAUGA